AUAGGAGGUGCAGAUAUUUGUAACCAACAGUGCAGGUACAUGUACUUAAUUAAGGGCGCACUGGCCCUUUAAAUUUUAGAGUGCUGGCACGUGCCCGCGUUAGGAGAGGAGGUCACGCGCACCGGCGCUGCAAGAAGACAGAAGGGAAGGGAGCGCUCACGGCCAGGGUGUCUGGCCGGAGGGCAGACCGUGACAGAUGGCCUGCCAUUCAUUGUAUCCACAGACUGCCUAUGGUGCCCUCUAUGACAGAUAGUCAGCCAGAGAUAGUCAGUGCUUCUUCAUGUUCACCCAGUGCCCAUUGUGCCCUGUGUGUGUUUCGAAUUGCAGAGGUCAUCCUGCUAGUCUGUCUUCUGUUACUGUCUCAUGGUUGAUCAAUGUUUUUGGAGAGGGGUUCGUUAUAGACUCCUGUGGGGGUCUGUACAAUGUAUCUCACACUUCAUCAUGGUUUCUGUUAUGAUCAAAAUCCAAAAAUGCAGAAAUAUCCAAAGCCUAAUUUCUGCCACAAGAGCAUGGCUUUUAAAAAUCAUAUUCAGACAUAUGGAACAGUUGCAGAAAAUGUGCACAUACUUUUAUCACAGCCUCUCGCUACAGCACACAGGUAAGUCAUGAGUACCCUAAACAACGUGAGCAAAGAGAAAACCACCAGACAUAUCACCAUAAUAGACUGAGCUGCACUACACGUUCUAUGGCUCCAGCUGCUGGGACUUCAUCGCCUUCUCCCCGAUGGGGGUGAAAGCUAUGAAAGGGGAAACCAAGCACAGAACAGAGCAAGGCACAAAAAAGAAAUACACAGUGAUGGAAUCUUUCACAUUGUUGAUGACUUCUAUAGGCAGGAAAUAGUUAAACCUAACACUAACAAAGCUCUGAGAUAUGGACUGUAGAGUUUGGCCUCCGGUGGGUGCGGCCCGGAUGCCUAUCUACGCUGAACUUAGAAAAUAUUUAACUCCUGGUCGCCCUGUCUAUAAGCAGAAACCGAGAUCCAGAAAAUCUAAAGAAUCUGAAGUUUGCAGAAACUGGAAUUCCCUGGGAAACCAUGAGACACACCAUGUUACCAGAGAUUGUGUGUCUGUGUAUUGUGUAGUCAUUAAAUAUCCCAUACAGAAGCAUACGAGAAAGGAAUACUUCGAAGACUUGUAGACUCCAUGCAUUGCAUUCUACUCAAUGUUUUCAAGGUAUUCUUCCAAGGCGUUAUCUUAUAACGAGAACUGUGAUGAAGUUUAGAGAAGAAGGAUAUAAAGGAAUGUACGUGAAGGUGGAGGUUUUGUGACAGUCCUUUGUACAAGAGAUGGGGCUGACGGUGAGAGACGCUCUGGUCUACGCUCUAGAGAAUCUGGAGAAGAUGGGGUUCAAGAAGUUCCGAAAGCAGUUACAUGAAAUUGAGGUCAAAGGAGAUUAUAGGAGGAUCCCGAGGGGCAAACUGGAGGACAAGGAUUGGGGCGACGUUGCCGAUCUGAUCAGGGAAUACUACAAGGAUGUCUACGGGGUUGAGGUGGCCCUGGCAGUUCUAGACAAGAUCAAUGAGAAGAAAGUAGCAGAGGAACUCCAGGAAGACUUGCAAAAAGUGGACCGAUUUGUAAGGCUGAAUGAAUUGGAGGAAUCGAGAUGUUUAGCCCCUACAGCCACGCCAAUGAGGCUACGCCUGAACGACACCGGAGAGAUGAUUGGCUCCAUAACUCUAGAGACCUUUUAUCCUGGAUAUCUCCAUAUUGAGUGGAAGUGUGGAAGAGAGAAACCAGAAGAAGUUUUAUCAUCCCAAGACGUCUACAGAGAAAGUCCUGAUCAGAGAUCCUUCUCAGUGUGUAGUGAAGUCAGGAUUUCACAGGAUUCCCUCAGAUAUCCAGAAUCCACAGUAUAUGUCACCUGGGAACAUGAAUAUACAAAUACCAAGGGGCAGCACAAAUUCUCUAUCGCAGAUGAAGAUUUCCUUUGGAGACCAGUAGCGGAGGACAUACAGACACCACCAUGUUUGUAUCAUGACACCCCGGGCGUCCUACAAUGUGACAUAUCAGGAUAUUACCCAGACGCCCUCACUGUGAAGUGGUUCAGGAAAACUAAACAGAAUCUUGAGUUAUGUGAAGAAUCUGACGAUGUUUCUAUUCCGAAAAUCAGAUCAAAUAAAAAUCCAGAUCACACCUACAGCUGUACAGCAAGGAUAAUGAUCACCCCCACACUGAGCAACCACCGGGGGGCAGAAUACGUUUGUCAAGUGGAACAUCCAUCUCUGGAAAAGGCAAUGAAGAGAAGCACAGGAGGGAUCCGAAUGCUGGCAAAACCUCAGCCGGAGCCCAUAAGGAAGUCGCUGGUUGAUGAUUGGUUUAUUCAGUUUUCCCUGCAUCUUAAGAGUUUUUACCCUAAAGAAAUAAAGGUGAAAUGGCAUCUGGGGGAGAAGGAAUUCAGAAAAGGGGUGAAGGAGAUGACACGACACACAGAAGUGUUCACAGAACGAGAAGAUUUGUUGUUUGAUGUUAUCAUUGAAUGUCGCAAAUGGUUAGGGGGCUUUGAGAAUCCUGAAUAUAAACUGUAUGUAACUUGGGAGCACGAGUCUAUGGAUGGACCUGAGACCAGGACCUUGUCUUUGAGAGAUCUGCCCUGGAUCCCACAAGUGGCUGAAAUUUUUGUCCUCAGAUUGGUAGAUAAUCAAAGAACCAGGAUGGGAUGCUGUGUUACCGGCUAUUUCCCCGAUAAAUUGACUGUGUCCUGGUAUAAAAAGGAAAAUAACAUGGUGUCUCCAGUGCAGGACACCAACAAUGUGGCUACAGAGGUCGAACCACACAAAAGGAAAAACAUGACAUCUGGUUGUACAGCAAUUUUAUAUUUCACUCCGGACGCUGAGAAGGACCAAGGGUCAGAAUUUAUCUGUAGGGUGGAGCAUCCCUGCCUGGAGCAUCCGAUAGAGAGGAGCACCGGACCCCUCCGAAUACUAAGACGUGGUGAAGAGGAAUGAUGACAAUACAGGGGUCCAUCAGUCUGCGAAGAGGAAUGAUGACAAUACAGGGGUCCAUCAGUCUGCGAAGAGGAAUGAUGACAAUACAGGGGUCCAUCAGUCUGCGAAGAGGAAUGAUGACAAUACAGGGGUCCACCAUCCUGCACUGCAAAGACACCGUUCAAGGGUCCCAUUGUUUCUCUUUAGUGAUCUCCAUUACAGGGCCUUAUUUCAGGCUGUUCCUGGAUUUGCAGUUCACACUCAUUCAUUUGACUAGCGAGAAGUAACAUCCUAUCUGGUAUCAAUACCACAGUCCCAGAACAUCAUGAAUUUAUUUUUAGGGACCCUUCUUAUGACAACCUCUUGAAGCAUUAUGUUGUAAUAUUUUAUGUUAAAGGGGUACUCCUCUGCUCAGCGUUUGGAACAAACUGUUCCGAAUGCUGGAGCUGGGAGCU